AAUAUUAAGUGUAUACCAUUGAUACAAAAUUCGUGUUUUUGGAUUCUAUUGAACCCCAAGUUGCUCGUUUCACAAGCGCAUCCCCAGGCGGAACACCCCUGCCUCGAAGGCACACCUGGAACUCCCCCCUUUAGGAGGCCUUUGGCCAAUCAAGAUGGAAAUGGCCUAGAUGUGAAUGAACAACAGUUUGAGCUCAUAAGCUUGCUAGGAACGUGA